AUGGGCGGUGUUGUCUCUUGCAUCAAGUCUUGUCUCCAGACCAUCGGAGAUGCCAUCAUGGCCGUUAUCGGCGGUGUCGGCCGUAUCCUCCAGGCCAUCAUCGGCGCCGUUGUCAAGUUCUGCGGCAUCAUCGUCAGCUUCCUCACCUGUGGCUACUGCGGCAGCAAGGGCGGACGCACCAAGCGACGCGGUCACUCGCACAUGAAGUCGACGAGAGUAUAG